GGGUAGGGAGGAGGGACCCUGGCAAGUUGAGUUUGGUACCGCAGCUGGGCUGUGGGGAUCGACGGGCGAUGGAUAAGGAUGAGAUCCACCUGCGCAGGCUGCCUGCCGCCGCGCCCUGGGGACCACAUGCAGACAGUGAUUUUCAUGGGGUGGAUUUUCUGCCUGACGACCUCAGUGAGGUUCCAGACGAGACAGGCAUGAGGGUGAACAAGAAAUACUCCUGCCUGCCUGCUGAGGAGAAGGGGAUCCACAUCAUCAACAUCCGAGCUAUUGAGGAUAUAGGAUAUGACCAGCAUGAAAGCACACUAUUGAACUCCCUAUCCAAAAAUCCAGAUGCUGACUGCAAGUAUGGACUCUACUUCCGAGAUGGCAAGAGGAAAGUGGAUUACAUCCUGGUCUAUCACUACAAAAAGUCUUCAGCAGGGAGGACGCUCACCAGGAGAGCCCUGCACAAUGAUGCAGGUGCCAGGAGCACCAAGCAGGACCCGCUGCCUGGGAAGGGUGUGCAAACGGAGAUGGGUGAGAGUGAGCCCCACGCUGACUGCCACGAAGACGACAAGAGGUUUCGCAGGGAGGAGUAUGAGGGGAACUUGGUGGAGGCUGGCCUGGAACUGGAACAUGAUGAGGAUACUAAGAUCCACGGGGUUGGAUUUGUAAAAAUCCACGCACCAUGGAAUGUAUUGUGUCGAGAGGCAGAGUUUCUUAAGCUCAAGAUGCCAACAAAGAAGAUGUAUCAAAUCAAUCAGACCCAUGGUCUUCUGAAAAAGAUCAACUCAGUAAUUCAGAAGAUAACGGAGCCCAUCCAGCCCAAGGUAGCUGAGCACAAACCGCAGACGGUGAAGCGCCUUUCCUACCCCUUCUCCAGGGAGAAGCAGCACUUAUUUGAUUUGUCUGACAGAGAUUCCUUCUUUGACAGCAAAACAAGAAGCACUAUAGUUUAUGAAAUUCUGAAAAGAACAACAUGUACCAAAGCAAAAUAUAGCAUGGGGAUCACCAGCCUGCUUGCCAAUGGAGUUUACAGUGCUGCAUAUCCUUUGCAUGAUGGUGACUAUGAAGGUGAAAACGUCGAACCCAAUGACAGAAAACUCCUGUGUGAGGAGUGGGCAAGCUAUGGAGUCUUCUAUAAGUACCAGCCCAUUGAUCUGGUGAGAAAAUACUUUGGAGAGAAGAUUGGACUAUAUUUUGCCUGGCUGGGAGUUUAUACACAAAUGCUUAUUCCAGCUUCCAUUGUAGGGAUUAUUGUUUUCCUAUAUGGCUGUGCAACUGUGGAUGAGAACAUACCGAGUAUGGAAAUGUGUGACCAGAGAAACAAUAUCACCAUGUGUCCCUUGUGUGACAGAACAUGCAGUUACUGGAAGAUGAGCUCCGCUUGUGCGACUGCUCGUGCAAGUCAUCUGUUUGAUAACCCUGCAACUGUCUUCUUCUCAGUCUUCAUGGCUCUCUGGGCUGCUACCUUUAUGGAACACUGGAAGAGAAAGCAGAUGCGGCUCAACUACAGGUGGGACCUGACUGGGUUUGAAGAGGAGGAGGAGGCAGUCAAGGCUCAUCCCAGAGCAGAAUACGAAGCAAAAGUUUUAGAAAAAUCACUGAGGAAAGAACACAAACAUAAAGAGACGGAUAAAGAGAAGCUGACAUGGAAGGAUCGUUUUCCAGCCUACUUGACCAAUUUUGUUGGCAUUAUCUUCAUGGUGGGGCUGACAUUCGCUAUAGUGUUUGGAGUCAUAAUAUACAGAAUCUCCACUGCAGCAGCACUGGCAAUCAGCGCAACUCCAUCGGGCCGGUCCAGCGUCAGGGUCACUGUCACUGCCACCGCUGUCAUCAUCAAUUUGGUUGUCAUCAUUUUCCUGGAUGAAGUAUAUGGCUGCAUAGCAAGGUGGCUAACUCAGAUCGAGGUGCCAAAAACUGACAAGAAUUUCGAAGAGCGUCUGAUCUUUAAGGCUUUUCUUCUGAAAUUUGUCAACGCCUACACACCCAUCUUCUAUGUUGCUUUCUUCAAAGGCCGGUUUGUUGGACGUCCAGGAGACUACGUCUACAUUUUCCAUUCUUUCCGAAUGGAAGAGUGUGCACCAGGUGGCUGCCUUAUGGAGCUGUGCAUCCAGCUCAGCAUCAUCAUGUUGGGCAAGCAGCUGAUUCAAAACAAUUUAUUUGAGAUCGGCAUCCCAAAAAUGAAGAAGUUCAUAAGAUACAUGAAAUUAAAACGUCGGCGCUCCUUGGACCAUGAAGAGCACAUGAAAAAGCAGCGUUAUGAAGUAGACUAUAACCUGGAGCCUUUUUCUGGACUUACUCCUGAAUAUAUGGAAAUGAUUAUUCAGUUUGGAUUUGUAACUUUGUUCGUCGCAUCCUUCCCACUGGCACCUCUGUUUGCUUUGUUGAACAACAUCAUUGAAAUCCGUUUAGAUGCAAAAAAAUUUGUUACAGAGCUGAGGAGACCAGUAGCAGUCAGAGCAAAGGACAUAGGAAUCUGGUACAAUAUCCUCCGGGGGAUAGGAAAGCUUGCUGUCAUAAUAAAUGCAUUUGUGAUCUCAUUCACAUCCGACUUCAUUCCACGCCUCGUGUACCUGUAUAUGUACAGUGAGAAUGGCACCAUGCAUGGCUUCGUGAACCAUACACUAUCCUCUUUUAAUGUCAGCGAUUUUCAAGCAGGAACAGCUCCAAACGACCCCAUGGAACUUGGCUACGAGGUUCAGAUAUGCAGGUACAAAGAUUAUCGAGAGCCCCCCUGGUCUGAGAAUAAGUAUGACAUUUCAAAGGAUUUCUGGGCUGUCCUAGCAGCAAGAUUAGCAUUUGUGAUAGUUUUCCAGAAUUUGGUCAUGUUUAUGAGUGACUUUGUUGACUGGAUUAUCCCAGACAUUCCCAAGGACAUUAGUCAGCAGAUUCAUAAAGAGAAGGUUCUCAUGGUGGAGGUCUUUAUGAGAGAAGAGCAAGGGAAGCUGCAAAUGGAAACCUGGAAAGACAAGGACAAGAAAAAAGGUGAAAACUGUAACAAUCACAGCCCCAGACUCUCCCUGAGCCACAGUGGGAGCUUGUCCUCCUGUCACUCGUAUCCUGUUGACGUAUAGAAGAGGAUAGAGUUGAUUGUGUCGGGGCAUUCCACUGGUACAUAAGCCAUCACAUAAAGGGCAGGAUUGAAUAAUGGACAACCUGCUGCAUGUUGAAGGAUGUGCUGCCAUUUUGCUCCCAUCUUUGUGAGAAAUGCUCUUCUUGCAAAUAUGGAGGACCAUAUUCUAUUUCUGAUAAUGUGUUUUAUUUUUUCUUUUGCACAAGCAGUAAUGCAGGGAAUUUUUAUAUUUCAUCAUUAGAUAACACUAUUUACAUUGAUGUGCAUUAAUAAAGAUGUACUUAGUAUGUCUUGAUAGAGAUAUUCUCUGAGAAUUUGACUUUAGGCUAAUAACUAAAUCAUUAAAGCUGAAUUUUAAAUAAUGAUAAUACUACUAAUUUAAAAUAUUUUUGGAGCCCCAGACUUGCAGCUCUGUCAGAAAACUUUGUAAAGCAUAUGCAAAAUCAGCAUUAGAAUGUGCCCUGGUAUACUUUUUGGCAGGAGAGGAGCCAUGUAAAGUUUACCAGACUUACUUGCUGUCAAAGAUACGGUUUAGCUCUGCUGGCAGACAUCUGUGUUUGAACCUGCAGGUCUGAAACAAAGCUCCCAUUGAGUUUUAGGGUCAAAUAUAUGCCUAGGGCACAUGUGGUUGUCUGCUGCAUGCCUGAGACUUCCACUGGGCAUUGCUCUCUUCACAAGCAUCAGGAAAAUGGAUCUGGAAAAGACCUCCUUACCAAUGCACGGCUGAUGUGGUGGAAGCUACCUCGGUGCCCAGGCUGCAUCACCUGUGUUGGAGCGGUCCCCAGAGGCUCCUCACCCAUAGCAAGGCAGCAGCAGCACAAUUUUGGAGAUCUUCCCAGCAGGUCGAUUACUGUGGAGCAUUUUGGUAAAUGCCCUGAAUUAAUGAGCACAUGUAGAGCUACGAGUCAACUGCCCUGCCUGAUAUGCAGACACCAUUCUUGCUGAGGGGAGUCCCUUUUUCCCUUUGUUUUAGCACAUCCCCUUUUUAGUCAGGUUUUUCUCUGUAGCCUUCUGUCCUCUGCAGGAGGAGGGAGCCGGUUGCCCUUGCAGAAUUUGUACUGCUGAGUGGCAUUUCCCAGAGGCUAUGCUGGAAGGGUAAAUCCAAAACAUGCACCGCUCAGUGUCUUCAAGGGAAGUUUAGCCUGCACUGGGGCUACAGGACCAGACCUACAGUUAGUUACAUAACUUCUCUUUUGUCUUAAAAUACCCUAUCUUUUAUACACGGAGCUUCCUUAAAUAGAAGUCUAAAAUCCUUCCUUAUGAAGCCUAUCUAAAUCUCAUCGGUUCGACUCUUUUUAAGUAUAGUACAUUUUAGUUUUGCUUUGUCAAAUGAUGAACUGCACUUCCAAAUAAUAUUGGUGCAAUUAACCUCAUUUCUUUUAUCGCUUUGUCUUGUCCAUGGCGCUUGCAUUAUGAAUAUAAAACUGAAGAAUAAAAUAAAAAGUAAAGAUUUCUUUAAAAUCUAACUACUGUAUGGUUUGUUACAAAACCAAACGUCAAGACUGUUUUCAGUAGUUGUUUCUUUAUUCUUUUCCUUCUUUCUUUGCCAAACUAAUUUAAAGAUUAAUGCCAGAACUAAAAA